CGGGGGGCCGGGUCGGAGGAGCCGCCGGGACCCCCGGGCCGCCGGCGCCAUCAUGUACCGCUCCAGCAGCGGCCGCUCCGGCCCCUCGUCCUCAUCCUCGUCCUCCUCCCACCGGCUGAAGGAGGGCGGCUCGUCGGCGUCCCGCGUCUCCCGCUUCAGCACAUCGGGGCCGGGGCCGGGCCACGGGCGGCCUCCCCCGCCGCUGCCCGCCGCCGCCGCCGCCUCGCCGCCGCGCUCCGCUUCGCCCCGUCCGCCGCCGCUUCGCCGCCACCGCUCCCCGUCGGGACACCGCGGGCCCUGCCGCCGGUCCCCGUCGCCGCACCGCAGCAGGAGGUUGCCAUCGCCGCCGGGAGGAGCGGGGCUCGGCGGGCCCCGGGGCCGCCGGGGCAGCGAGCACGGAGACAGCGGCAGCAGCCGGAGACGUUCACCGAGUCUCCGCUCUGAGUCUUCACUGGAACACAGUUUGUGGAUUACUGUUGGUAAUGACCGGUAUUGCAUUGGCACACCGGAGCGGAGGAGGCUGCCUGAUAGACUGGGCUCACCAAUUGAUAACCUGAGUGACAGGGAUGAUAUGGCUGAUGGUCCAAUAUUCACUAGAGGCCUCACAUGUCCUCGAGGCCUUGAGAGAUACCCAUCACAUGAAGAUCAACCCUCGAGUCCCUUCCCUGUGAGGCACGAUGAGGACUACCGCAGCCGAGAUGUUUUCCUCCACCGCUCAGAUUACAGUCCACAUUAUGGCCGGCGAGAAGAGCUGCCUCGUGGAUCUGACAGAGAUGGUGACAAACUGAGGAGAUCCCCUUACCCACUGAGGCCGGAAGAGAGGGGACGAGAAAUAAAGCGUCCGCGGUAUGAAAAGGAUGAGAAGAUGCAUGGUGUGAGCGGAGAGCAUCAGGGUUUCUCAUCAGGAACACGGAACUACCGCAGACGAAGCCGCAGCCGUAGUAGGAGCCUGAGCCCAUCGUACCUGAAUGAAGAAUUCCGAGAGCUUGACCGUGCAAGGAGGAAAAGAGAAGAAGAAGAGCGUAGCAGAAAUGUGAAUCAUGAUGUUUCAGGCAGUGGCUAUGCGAUCCCUGGCUUGACUAACACACUACAGACUUCUGAGCCUCGGUAUACAUACAGGCCUGAAGAAAUCCCACCCAUGCCCAAAAAAUCUAUUUUGAAGAAACGAGUGGAGAUGGAAGUAGAGUCUCCUAUUCAGCCUGAGAGCUUUUCAAGCAGUCCGGCUCCCAGCAAGGAUCUUCCUCUUCUUUCCAGUCAGUCAUCUCUGCCCCAGAGCAACAACGUGGCUCCUUUUGCCUCUGAAGUGGAGAACUUUCUCAAACGGUUUAACAAAGACUCUCUUGUGGAGUCUGCAAACAAGGAGUUGCGUGAAGAUUUAUAUGAGUGGAGCCCACUUUCUGGGCCUCCCAAAGACACUUUCACGUUUGAAGAAAAGUUUGGGAGCUUCUUAAGUCACAAAGAAAAGGUAGAAGCCAAGUCAGAGCCCGCUGAUCGCCAUACUGACUUCCUGCUACCUCAUGAGAGGGCCAGUCAGGAUGGCAGUGGUUUCUCCCGAAUUCUGGGCAUGAUGGCUGAUUCUGUAAGUGCUCAGGAGAAGAGGAGGCGUAGCUUUCCUGACAUUGAGGAUGAAGAGAAAUUUCUUUAUGGUGAUGAGGAUGAGGAGACCAAAAUGGAAUCUCUCCCUGUUCAGAAGCCCCCAGUGAGUUGUGGCAAUGAGAUAAUAGUCCAGAAAACGAGCCCACCUCCUUCUCCUGCUCCAGCUGUCAAACUGGAUGCUUUAGAAGAGCCAAAUGCAGAGUAUGCAAAGAUCCACGACUUACUCAAAACCAUUGGGCUUGACAUUGGUGUUGCUGAAAUUGGAAAACUGGCUGUCCGUACCCAGGAACGCCUUCAUGGCAAAAAAUUGGCAUCUCGUUCUCCAGAUCGUCGCUCUUCAGACACUCGCAGACUGGACCAUUGGGACUUGCGGCGCAGCCGGAGUGACACUCGUUCUCCCGAGUCAGGCCAGCAGCGUUCAGCGUCGCCUCCGGUCUCUUUUCAGCAGUCCAAAGAUGCAUCCUCUCUUCAGAAAUCAGAAUAUACUAAGAACAAGCCAGUGGGACAGGAUAUACCUCCAUGUGCACCAGAACAGCCUCUUCCUUCUGUCUCUCUCAUUCCCUCAGUUCCACCAACUCCUCCUAGUUUGCCACCUACACCUACUUCUGUUGCCCAAUACCAAAUUCCCAGCUAUUCCCACUACACUCCCACUCAAAUGCCCCAAAACUAUCCACCUCCCACAAUAGCUCCUCCAGGAUACGAUGCAUAUGGGCAUUAUAUGGCGUAUGCAGCUCCCGGCUGGCCCAUGUACCCCCCUGCCCAGCAGCCUAACCCUACACUGCCAGAAGCUCAUGGCCUUCUUACGAUGGCCAUGACAGCGAACCCCACACGUCCCAAUCUCCGGGUGAUUGAGACAGUGUCCUUGGGAAAGGAUGUCCCUGAUGUAAAAAGAGAUGGUUCUGUGCUCGUUCAAGUCCCUACCACUCCUUCUCAUUCCAAAGCGCCCCUUCGUCUGUCUUCACACCCUCUCAAAAAUACCACAGAAAGGAUGUCGGAUGAAAAAAAUCGGGCAGCUCAAAAGCAGAAGGUGAUAGAAGAGAGAGAAAAACUGAAGAAUGACCGAGAAGCACGGCAGAAGAAGCUUUACUAUCUCAAGACUGAACUGGACAGGCUUCGUAAACAGCAAGGAGAGAUGUUGAGGAAAAAACGUCGUGAGAAGGACGGACACAAAGACCCCUUGUUGAUUGAGGUGAACAGACUACAGGAGAAUAUUAUGAAGGAGAUUGCAGAGCUGCAUAAAGAAUCUGAUGCAGCUGACAAGAAGCAGUCUGAGCUUGACAAAGUAGCACAAAUCCUGGGGAUUAACAUAUUUGAAAAACCCCGGAAACCAUCUGUGGAAACUAAAGAUUCUUCAGAAAAGAACAGCAAGUCAGAAAAUGCAAAAGGUGUGGAGAAAACAUCUUCCUCCAACAAGGAAUCAAAAACUACUAAUGAAAAACCCAGAGGUAGAAGCCCGAAGCCAGCAGAAUCCUCUUCACAGUCCUCCAAACAUCCUUUCCAGUUGGCCAAUAUUUAUGAAUAUUAUGAUGCAGGGAACCACUGGUGCAAAGACUGCAAUACCAUCUGCGGGACCAUGUUUGACUUUUUCACACACAUGCAUAAUAAGAAACACAGACAGACCCUGGAUCCUUACAACAGACCUUGGGCUUCGAAGACCCAGAGUGAGACCAAACAAGACUCCAUAAAACGCAUCGAUAAGAUAACGGUUCCUGCCAAAGGCUCUGAGUUUCUGAUUCCCAUCACUGGAUAUUAUUGCCAGCUCUGUCAUGAAUUUUUUGGAGAUCAAAUCUCAGCAGAGCAGCAUGUGAAAAGUCAUCCCCACAAUGAGAAAUACAAGAAAUACAUAGAUGAAAACCCGCUCUAUGAAGAGAGGAGAAAUCUAGACCGUCAAGCUGGGUUGGCUGUAGUUCUGGAAACAGAGCGCAGACGGCAAAAUGAGCUGAAGCGGAAACUAGUUGAGAAACAGAAAGAAGAGAAGGAUGAGAAAAACCCAAAAAUAAUAAAGAAAGAGGAAGUAAAGAGCAACCCAGAGUCUGGAGAAGGGAAUAAUGAAACUCAAGGCAAAAUAGACUCUUCUGGGCGAAAAAUGGGUAUCAUGGUUAAGCUAAAGAAGGAAGAGAAGACAGAGGAGAAAAAAGAAGAAAAGAAAGAGGAAUCUAAAAAGGAAUCACCAAGCCAGACUUCCUUUGGGAAAUUCAGCUGGAAGAAGACUGAGAGAGAGGAUAAAACUCCAGGAGGAACUAUUCCAAAGGAGGAGAAUACAGAAGGAAACAAAGAGGAGAACAAGUGUCAGUCUGUGAAAUCCCAUAUCAAGCCCAUUGAAAUCAAGCUGUCUGGGAAAACUGUUAUUCCACACACUAGCCCAUGGAUACCAGUUGUUUCCACACCAACACCAGCAAAAGUUCUACCCAAUCUACCAGUCCCCACCAUGAUUUUCAGGAAGUCUAAUACUGCAACAGUUAGUAAACCAGCACCUUUGAACACCUUUUUAUCUAUAAAAUCCUCUGGAGCUACCACUAAACCACUGCCAGUGGUAAAAGAAACGAAUGCAGAUCUUCUGCUGCCUCCGGAUAUCAUCUCAAAAGCUUUUGGAGGAGAAGAAGUAAUUUUAAAAGGGACAGAGGAGGAUUUGAAAGCAGCAGAAAAAACUGAGUCUUCUCAGACUUCAGACAGACUACCUCCACGCCCUCCUCCAGCAGCAGUCCAGCAGGCAGCUCUCAUCCCUGCAGAUGAAGUAGCUCCAGGUGUGUCUGAAAGUGAACAGACAAUGCUGGCAAUGCCUGUGAGACCACCACCACCUUCAACUGCUUUCAGUGAGCAGGCAAAAAAGAUAGAAAAACGAAAUUCUUGCUUGGCCACAGCCAAUGCUAAAGAUCUCUAUGAUAUUUUCUACAGUAGUGGUGGGAAGGGUUCGGCUGACAGUAAGCUUGCAAGUUCUGCACUUCCAAAUGGAGAACACCCUAACCUAACAAAAUCUGCAGACUUAUCUGCAAACCCUAGAACAAACAGUAGCUCAUCCUCCUUGAAAGAGGAUUCUCAGAAUGUGGAUUUCUCACAGUGUAAUAAUCAAGGAACAGGGAGUUUGAUUCCCGGUGAGAAUCAGGCUGAAAUGAACAAGAAACCACUUCAGCCUCACCUGUCAGAAAUAUCUGUCACAGAAUUGCCAGAAAUAAAAACUGUUUCUGGUAUCCAGAUGCCUGUAGAAAUUGGACUUGUUGAUACAGGAGGUGGAGAGCAGGCAGGCAGUCAGGAAUUCUGUGAUGCACGGAAAACUGAGGUCCAAGAGAAAGUUGGACAGGAAGAUGGAAAUAAAACUGCAGUUACAAACACAGAUGUUCCUGGUACCUUGGAGAAAGAUGCAAAGACAAAAGACUGGGAGGUAAAAGCAGUAAAGCCUAAGCAUAGCUUACAGCCAAAGACUUUGUUGCCUGAAACACAGAAUGAAAUUCAAAAUUUGGGGAAUUCUCAUUUGGUAGAAGAAAAGUUAAAUGAUAACUGUAAAACUCGCUCAGAAUCUGAUAGUCCAAACUUGCUCUGGGAUGCUUCCAGAACUAGUAAUGGAAAAGAACAGGUUAUCACAACUCAAUCUUGUUCUAGGAGUGGUGGGGAUCUAUCAGAUACUCCAAAUGCAGAGAUAAAGUCUGGUUCUAAUGAGGUUAGUGCUUCAGAAUUGCAAACCCAGAGGCAGGAAGUUGAAUGUUUAGUCAAUACCUGCUCAAACAUUGUUCACCUCAGAUCCAAUCUAGAAUUAGUAGCUGAAAAUGAAAAAAAGUCAUCAGAACCCACUGGAUCUGAUGCAAAAUCAGAUAAUUUUUUUAUCAAGAGAUCGUCAGAAGAUGUGAAACAGAUUAAAACUCCCUCACAGAAAGCAGAACUUGAGCUCAAAAGCACUGAUUUCAGUUUGGGAGACAAUAAGGUAAAAGAGGAAUGCUUCAGCAUCCUUACAGCAGGACUUUUAAAUGAGACUACAGAGGAAGUUACAAAACUAGAAACUGUUGCAUCUGUUAGGCUGGAGUCCAGUAGACAUAAAAAACUGGGCAUUGAAGAAACAGUGAAUGAAACAGAGAUUACCGAUUUUGCUACGUUGACUUCUGACAGUCGGGAAGAUAAAUUUUGCACACAGAUUUCUCAAAAAGCUAUGCUGCAGCCUGGAUCACAGACCUCAAAUAGUGACACUACAGAGGUGGUCAUGCCAGUUCUAGAAAUGCAGGGCAUUUCUCCCACAUCUGAGAUACCUCUGCAAGUGGAGGAGAGCAAAGCUGGCACCGUUGAAAUGCCAUCACUGAGUUGUGAUGGAGGCAGCACAGAAAGUCAGUCUUCUGGGUACAUGGAAACUUUCAUUCCUGGGCUCAAAGAAACACAUGGAAAGGUGGGUGGCUCAGGAGGCAAGGGAGUAUGCACCAUCCAGAGCAAGAAGACUGAGCAAUCAGAAGCUGCUGACUGUAGUUUGGAAGCUACAACACAUUCAGGAAUUGCUGAAAGUGUAGCAGAAAGCCCAGUGGGUUGAAGUAAACCCAGCUAGUCCCAAUAUUUGAGGAACCAGAGCUGGGAUUAUGUAUAUGUUUUUUGUUUGGUUUUUUUUUUUGUUCCAGUUGAGAGUUUUGGAUGUAUUUUGCAUUCUGUGGUAGGAUUUGGCUAAAGUGAAAUUUAGAUCAUCAGAGGGCAGAACAUACUUUAUUCUGUACAUAACUAAUUAUGUAAAAUGUUUUUUCAUGUGAAUUUUUUUGCCAGUUUCUUUUCUACACUCUGCUAUUAAAAUGGAAUCUCAUUUAUAAUGCGUGCGUCUUUGUUCUUUAUUUUGGGAGCUUUUAUUCUUUGACCGUUCCUGGAUGAUUUCCAGCUCACCCUGUUUGUGUCAGUAGCAUCAUGAGUAGCCCAGCUGCUGGGACAAGCUCAAGAACAGCAGUUUAGAACUUGAGGAAAUGGAGAUUUGCAGAAGAGCUAAAACUGAAAAUUUCUUUGAACUGUAAUGUCUGGGUUUGUUUACUCUGUUGUUUAAAAUGCAAGAAUGUGAUUAGUUGAUUUUGUUGUUUGUUUAUCUGUCUCUGUGAAUUGUAAUUACUGUUGUAUUACAUCUGUACUUAAGCUGUUUCAUUGUAUUGUAUAAGCACAUGUGUGGAUGCCACUUCACUAAGCAAGGGGAGAAAAUCUGUCCGACUGGCUUUUGGAGAAGAAGACUUAAUCGGUAAGGCUCUGUGGCCUGACACCUGGACCAGACAUAUUGAGGUCACUUACAUGAUUUGAAAUGGGCUUUCUUUCGUUCUAUUGUGAUCCAGUAACUGUUUGUGUUAAAUCAUUUAGCAGCUGACCAGCUCUGAAGAAGUAGAAGAUCAGAACCCUGGUAUCAGGAAUUGGACUCGCUUCAUGUGAUACAGACACAUGCAUGCCUACCCUGAAUGGUCCUUGAGCUAUCAAAAGCUCUAGUGUGAUGGUUCUCAUUUGUAUAGCUUGUUAAAGACUAAAGUAUUAAAUGUAUUUGCUUGGAUAAAUACAACGUUUUUAUUUGUAAAUUGUUUAAAAAAAUAAACAUAUGGAGGUCAACAAGGCUUUCUUCCUGUUUUUCUUUUUUUUCCUUAACUCAAGGAAAGUGUUUUAUUUCAAUUAGUUUCUUACUCCUGUAGUAGCUGAUAAAACUGAGAAAUUGUAGAGGGUGAAGAUACUCCACAGUUAGCCUGCUCAAUAAAAAACCAAUUUGUUCCCAGCUAAAGUCAACGGAAGAACUACUUUCAACAUCAUCAGUAGAAGUUUGUUUGAAGUCCUGAACACUAUGCAAGGCUUGAGGUGGGGUGUCAGGCGAGGACCCCAACAGAGCUCACAUUUCUGUAAUUAGUAGCUGCAUGUGGACCGCCUGAGGGGGCAAAAUCACCAUUUUUCUUCGGUUACCAUGACUAUGUGUGAAGAAGGUAUGAAGCAUUUUUCAGAGUCGUUAUGGUGGUUUUCGUACUAGAAAUGUAAGAACUGUCUAAGCUGAGUUUGGAAAUCUAGUAUAAAUGGUCAAGUCAACAGUAAAAAAGUAAGAAGGGAAGAGAGUUUUUAGAAAGGCUGGUUUUAUGAUGUUAAGCAGUUACUGCAUUGAAUGUAAGAAAUCUUUUUUAGUAUCAUUGCACUACUUUCAUCAGAUAACUUUGCUGUCAAAAUCAAAGCAAGCAAGGUUUGACAUACUUGGAUAGUUUUAAAAUUGAGUUGGUCAGUGAAUAGAGAGAUUACUUAAAUCCUGGUUUAUUAAAAUGUCCUUUGUAGUUAUUUCUUGGUUUUCUUCUGUAUUUUUUAAUUAUAUACCUGAGUUUAUAUGUUUACAUUUGACAGCUAAAUUUUCCCCUCCUAUUUUCUUUCCAUCCUCUUCAAUGAAGUGCUUGAUUCCUUGUAAAUCCACAGAGGAAUAGAACUGAUUUUCUUACUUGCCUUGUUAUUGAGGGAUAUCAGUGCAGGGAAAGGAGAUAUUAAAGGGAAGGCUAAAUUUUUCUACAGUUCUGCUGUUAUGGAAUACACAUAUGCUUUCUGGUUAGUUUUUUUUUGCAGGUUGGUUUUCAUGAAGGUCUCAGUGCGUGCAAUGGCAAACAAGUAAUUUGGACAUUCGUCUCCUUCAGACAACCUUAUUCAGUGCUGUGUUAUCUGUGUGGGAUGUACUCUUAAUUAACUUUAUUUUGGGGCAAAGGACAAUGUAAUCUAUUAUCCUUGUUCUGUUCUCUCCUACAGUUGAUUCUAUGAGUAGUGGUGGUGGUCAGUGCUGAACCUGGCUGGCCAUGAAUUGAGAGGAGCUAGCAGCAAGGGCAAGCAAGAGCUUGGCAAAGGAGAAAUUGGGAAUUGUUACCUCAUAUUUGUCUAAAGCUUUCCAGAAUCUGAACCUUCCUAUGGUAUAAAUCAAAUGGUACUUCUUUUCAUGCCCUUUAUUCAAAUAAUCGUUCUAUCCUUGAAUGAAAAUAGGGCUCUUUAUUCCUGGAAGGAAGGUUAAUUUGGUCUUUUUUGAGGAAGAAGUAAGAAGUACUCCUUGAACCACCAAUGAACAAGAACAGGUUGUAUAGGUGAUGACAUCUAGGCACAUUGGUAGACAGAGGCAUUAACACUGUAAUUUCAUGAAAUGGCUUAUAUUUUUAUUUAUGUAUUUUUUCUUUUUUCUUCCUUUUUUCUUCCCUUUUUGUUUUUUUUUCCUGUGGUUUCCAGAGGCAUGCAGUAAAUGAUUUAUCCACUGUACUGGUCCCCUGUGCUGGCAGAGCUGUAGCAUAGUGCACUGACUGGAAAGCCUAAUUUCUAGGCUGGCCUUGGACUCUUCCAGAUCCUAAGGAGGAGGGGUGAGUUAAUGGGGUUUUACUUGUGUGUUUGAAUGGUGCAAUACAGCAUUACCUCUCCUUCCUGACCUAGCUCUCUAAAAACUGCAUAGAGCAUGAGAAAUUACUGUUCUGGUUUUUCAAAAGUUGCUGAUAGGGAGGAAACAAUCAUAAUUUGAAUGUUUCUCUCUUAACACUACUUCGAACCAGACACAAACACGUAGUAAAUUUGAAAGACAACUCUAAGCCUUCAUUUGAUGCUGCAGCCUUUUGUUUGCCACGAUGGAGGCUGGCACAAAUGCCUUUCUCCUGGAUGAAGUUUGUUCCAAAACCAAGCUUGAUGAAGAAGCAGUGGAAGAAGAGCUAUAGAAAAGCUGCUGGCAUCCUGUCAAUCUGUUUUAAGUCCAGGUGGGUUUUUAAUACUUCUUCCACUUUCUUUGAACAGGCAUUUGAAAAGGAGAAGCAGCCUUCAUAUGUUUACAAAAGUAAUGUUUUAGGUAAAAUACAGCCAGUUUUUUCAUGGGAUAGUCUCUUGGGCAGGUGAGUCUUGCUUCUACCUUACUGAAAUCAUGUCAUUGACUGAGGUUUAAGCAUCAGAAAGAAUUUUGGGGUGAGGGGGGGAUUGUUUGUUUGUUUGUUUUAGAAUUUUAAAUGGCAUGUGAGCAAGGAAGAAAUGCAUAAACCAUUGUUAUCUUAGUAAUUUUUUUUUUUUUAAUGCAUUUUUGUCAUAGUGGUAAAAAGUACAAGUAGUAGAUGAAGAUAUAAGGUCUCUGCCAUUUGGCAGAGAUAUCCCAGAAUUGCCAUCCCUGCAAGUGUUCAAGGGACAUGUGGAUGUGGUAUUUGGGGACAUCAUGGUGAACACAGCAGUGCUGCAUUAAUGGUUGGACUCGAUGAUCUUGGAGCUCUUUUCCAGUUUUAAUGAUUCUACAGUUUCUUAAUUCUUGUUAUGGAAAUAAACAUCCAAUUCCCAUCUAAAAGAGAAGCUUCACAGAUAACUUAAAUUUUGCUUAUGGAAACAGUAGGAAAAGUUGGCAAAGGCUGAUUAUUUUUUUAUCCUGGUAAACCCCAAACAGUUUUCAGAAAUAGCUACUGAAAGUACGUGAUGAUAGCAGAAGUCUCGUUAAAAAAACAAAAAACAAACACUAACAUCUACCAAACAAGUUCAACUCAAAGCAUGACAAAGCUAUAUUUCUUUAGUGCAAAGGGCAGAAGAAGUCACCUGGGAUAGGUUUUUAUGCGGUGCUUGAUGUGUUGUUUUAUUACUCUCUCAGAACAUUACAGAAGCCGUAAUGGGAUCAAAAUCACUCUCUGAGACAGAAUUCAGUCUUCUUCUGCCUGCUACACGCUUAAGUGCACACAGCCUACGUGCCACCACUGUGGGAGUAUAAAGCAGCCAUAAAAUUUAUUUUACUAGACUCCUUGCCUCUGUCUAGGAUGAAGAAUAGGGAUAUGCAGGUGAUGGUUGCUAGACUAUCCUUUCUGUCACCUGUUUUCAGCCAAUAGGGAGGUAUUCAUGGUCGUAACCAACUUGAGCAAAAUAACGCAGCUGUGGACUGUUAUAUUCUGCCUUGGAGCAGAAAUCUGAGGCUCCAAAUUUAGAAUUAGUUUCUGGGGUUUGUUUUCUGAUCCCACCUCCACCUCUUCUUGGGCUGUCUUGCUUGGAAUGAGAAGGCUGAUUACCAUAUGUUAGCAGUUCUGGGUUCUGGUAAAAUGAGUCAAACUGCUGUUACAAUUCCCAUGAAGCUGUCCAUCAGCUGGGGAUGCAGAGAGCAGAGCCAUUAGAAAUGUUCAGGCAGGUGGUGGAGAACAGUUGAAUACCUGCAGGAAAUAAAACCUGAAUUCAGAGCUGCAUCGAGGGAAACAGCAUUCCCUUUUCCAGCAGCCUGACUGAAGAAUCUUCAUUUUACAGACAGUAAAGCACACACAAAAGGUAAUGUUCUCAGUUCUUAAUCAAAUUGAAUUUUUCUCCAAGAAACUGCUUUUGUUGGAGGGUUGCAGCCAGAACCUAAUACUACAAAUCAUUGAGGAUACCAGCCUAUUUAAUUUGCAUACAAACUUUAGAUGAAUAUAAAAACAGUAAAUCUUUAGGAGCCAUGGUAGCUGUGAAGAACAUGAAAAGCCCUCUAACAGAUACCUGGUAAAGAAGGGGUUGGCAUGGCCCUCUUAUCAGUACUCAUGUUAAGCUGUAUUCGUGUCUUGUCAGGAGAUGAAAAAAACAAACGAAAUGUAAAUGCCAAUUAGAUGAGAGAAGGACUCGUAGCGAGGCACCUGCAAGAUGAGUAUUUAAGACAUGUUUGAUUAGUGAGAAAAAAAAGAACAAAGUCCAUUAGCAAAGGAAUAUCAGUCACUGCAUUUUCUCCUAAGAACCAAAGGCUUAAUGCAAUUAAACCCAUUUAAGAUGGUGCUUUCCCAGGUACUGUUUAAACUUCAUGUCCUUUACCAGUUAGUUUCACACAUAUUUUUUUACUAAGUGUAUGAGAGAGGUUCAAAAUUGGUGUAUCUCUGUUGUGUCUCUAGGCAUACUGUCCAAGAUAAGAUUACAAAAGCAAUUCACACUUGUAUUUUAUGUAUUCAGUGCAAUGAAGUCAUGCUAUGGAUUCAAUUUGGCUGGGUGAAAAAAAAAUCCCAUAUCUGCAUUUGCUGUAGUACUUCAUCCUUCACAUUGGAUCUGUCUGGCAUUUGAAUUAAGAUACAGGCACGGACAACCUGCUUCAAGCUGUCUGCAAUGUCUACCAAAGAUCAUCCAGGAUACUAAAUGACCUGUAAUUAUUUCUCCGAGAGUUGAAUUUAUGCUUCAGAAUGCAAGAAAGGCUAACAAGUUGAAAGUUUUAUUUCAGGUUUCUAAGAUGAAACCCUCUGCUUUAUAUGGUUAGCAUUGUAGACCAAAGCAUCAAAUACAUAGAUCUUUUAGUUACCCCACUUCUUAAAAAUCCCUUCUCCCCGUGAACUACCUGCAUACACAGUACAUUCAGUGACAGCUGUUUUCAUUUUGUAUUAAACUUGUGUUACAACCCGCCCCUGAAGGCAGGGUAGCUGAGGUUCUUGUUAAUAAUAGAUCCCUUGGGGCAGAUUAGAGCAAAACGACUGGUGUUUAUAAAUACACAUAUAUAUAUAUAUAUGGCAGGUUUAUUUCAGAACAAUUUCGUUGCAAUGGAAAGGAAGUAUGUAGCUGUUUUGGUUACUAUCUGUGGAAAUGUAUCAAUAUAGAAGCAUAAAAAUAACACUUAAAUUGUAUAAGGAAAAGAAAGACAGGUGGAAGGCCUCAGAAAUGAGUCUGGGGGCGCUUCAGGGGCCUUUGAUGGUUUAUGACACCUUCUAAGAUGUGACAGCUGCCUCUCAUGUCAGCUAGUUAUGGCUCAUGAGGGGAGGGAUGAAUACCUUUAAGCCUACAUGUGAAUGUGAAUGUCCUGAUACCUCCCCAUCUAUCCCACCUCCGCAGGGUCUGCUUCUCAUCAGCCUUCUCCCUUAUCUGGCUGAACACCCAGCUUGUAGCCUCCGGUGGUGGGUGUGCACCCCCUCUGCACCUGGGCUGUUACCUUGCACAGAGCCAGCAAAGCAGCUGCUUUUGCAAAUGGCCAUUAACAUUUUGGUCUCUCACAGCUUGCCAAAUUUCUUCCAGAAAGCUUUUGAUGCAGAGGGGAGAGAAGUAAUUAAAAGCUUAAAAGGGCCUCAGAUUUGGGAGUGUAACAGUCGAACCUGACAGAUGCUCAGCAAACUGGAUUUUAGAAUGAACGCAGAAUUUGCUGUAAAAAGCCUGUUGUCUUUGCUGGCUUUAUUACUUUCCACAGGAGCUAAGAAAAUGUUAUCUGAAAUUGCUGGACUUCGGUAAACCUGUUCUGAGAAGGUGAGUGCAGAUUUGCAUGACUGGAAUGGUAUCUUUUUCUCUUCUCUUUGGUGUGAGGGCACAUUCUUUUCGUUAUUAUUAAUAUGAUUAAUCAGUGGGGCUUUUUCUGCAUUCUUACUGGUUAAACCUGCUGUUCACAGGUAUGUCUGUAAUUUAAGCUUUUUUGCCAGCAUUCAAGAAGACUCUGUAUGUGUGGACUCCUUUAUCUUGAUUAAAGAGUGUUAUUUUAAAAACAAACAUUAAACUUUUAUGAAAUAACA